UUGGGUUUGUGUUUGGAUUUUUUUGUUUUGUUUUGGGUUAUUUUGUUUAUCAUAAAGUUAGACAAAAGAACGUUGCAAAGAUGCAGGACAUUUGUCUGGCAGCAGAAGCAGAUAGUGUUAUUUUGCAAUUCCUGUAGAAAGACUGCAGACUCCUCCAUGUAGUUGGGCAGUACCAGUGACAGUUUCGUUGGGCAGCUGCCCUGGUUGCUGGGGCAGAUGCACAAAUCCUGCCUCCCAAAUGGAACUCCUUGAGGAAACAAGCUAGAAACAGUCAAAUGCAAAAGUCCCCAUGCAAGCAAGCAGAGAGAAGCAGGAAGGUUUUCCAACGAAGCACUGCUGCUGCUAGCCUGUGUGUAGGUUUUUGCUCCUGGCCCGGCCCUCACACCUUCCACCCUGCUCCAAGGGCAUCCUAGGGAGCAUCUCACCAAAAUUAAUCCCUGCUCCAGCUGGGCAGUGUGAGGCCUGAAGUUCUGUCUGUUCUGUGCUUCACUUCUGCCUUCGCUAGCCAGUACGUCACCUUCAGCUCACAGCACCCCAGGCUCUGUCUGUGUGUCAGGGGCUGCCCAGCCCUGCUGGGGCUCAGGUUUGUACCUGGCUGAGGCAUGCAGGUAGUUCACUUGUUCUGGGCAGAACAGGCUGGCGGAAAUAGCAGCGCUUUACAGGGCUGAAGGUAAGUGUGCGCCUAAGCCUUUGGCAUCAUUGACACCUUUUUGUGGCAUGAAAAGGGUCAGCUUGCUGAAAAGUGUCCCUGAGCAGUUACUGCGAAUGUUCUCUCUGCAGGAUUUGGGUAGAAGAGUGGGGUGAAAGCAGCAUGAGUGAGCUCUCCAGGGUGUGCUGGGCCUGUGAGGCUGAAGGACUUUAACUUGCAAUCCUGUCAGCACACAUACUUCCAGUUUCAAGUUAGAAGCUAUAACCAUGGCGAACCUGUGUAAUGCCAACACCAGAUUUGCACUUGAUCUGCUUAGAAGAUUUAACGAGACCAACCCAACAGGCAAUGUUUUCUUCUCUCCUGUCAGCAUCUCUGCUGCUCUGGCCAUGGUCCUUUUAGGGUCCAAAGGUAAUACAGAGGCACAGGUGCUGAAGACACUUCAUUUUGACAAAGUUGAAGAUACUCAUUCAAGAUUUCAGACUCUGACUAUGGAUAUAAACAGAAGCAAUGCUUCCUAUCUCCUACGGCUUGCCAGUCGGCUUUUUGGAGAGAAGUCCUACAGCUUUUUGCCAGAUUUCCUGACUAAUACUCAGAAAUUCUAUGGAGCUGAUUUGGCUACAGUUGAUUUUCUUCAGGCUAGUGAUGAAGCCAGGAAAGAAAUUAACCAGUGGGUAGAAGAGAAAACUGAAGGUAAAAUCCCUAAUCUGCUGUCUGAAGGCUCAGUUGAUAACAUGACCAGGCUCGUACUGGUGAAUGCUAUUUAUUUCAAAGGGAACUGGGCAGAGAAAUUUAAAGAAGCUGACACCACUGACAUGCCAUUUCGGUUAAAUAAGAAUGAAAGAAAGACAGUGAAGAUGAUGUAUCAGAAAAAUAAAUUUUGUUUUGGGUACAUCCCUGAAGAGAAGAUCCGUGUUUUAGAGCUGCCUUAUGAUGAAGAAGAACUUAGUAUGAUCAUCCUGUUACCUGAUGACAUUGAAGAUAACUCCACUGGACUGCAGAAGCUGGAAAAGCAGCUUACCUUAGAGAAGCUCCAGGAAUGGACAUGUCCAAAGCAUCUGUAUUCCACUGAUGUUCGUGUGCAUUUGCCAAAGUUUAGGCUAGAAGAAAGUUACGACCUUAAAUCAGAUUUAGCUUCUAUGGGCUUGGUGGAUGUAUUUGACAGUGGUAAGGCUGACUUGUCGGGAAUGUCAGGGGCACAUGACCUCUUUCUCUCUAAAAUUGUCCACAAAGCUUUCGUAGAAGUGAAUGAGGAAGGCACAGAAGCUGCAGCUGCCACUGCUGGCAUUGCUAUGCUCUGCAUGGUUAUCGAAGAGGAUUUCAAUGCGGACCAUCCUUUUCUUUUCUUUAUUCGCCACAACCCGACACAAAGCAUACUUUUCUUCGGCAGAUAUGCUUCUCCAUAAAAGAGAACUUGGCAUUUGCGGACCAGUUCCUGCUGUAGUCAGUGAAAGCUUAGCUCCUGAAUGAGUUGGAUUUUGAUGUAGAAAGUUAAUGCUCCUGUCUUGAGUGAGUUCCUAGUAACUUCAACUGAGAUUCUGCCUUUCCCAUAAAAACAGUCCCAAAGAAACUAAGGAGUAAUUUAUUUUUCUUAAAGACAUCAUCUUUAAUAAUAAGGAAAAUCUUAACUGUAGGCAGGAGAAAUCUUUUGAAGUUGGACUAGAAACACUCUUGGAAGAAACUUGAGUCUUUUAAAGCACAGAAUCACCCUGUAUGCGUCCUUGCAUAGGUUUAUCUGUGUUGACAGCCCCCUGUUGUAAUAAUUUAACAAUAAUUCAUUCAUUCCUAUGCACAUAUACUAGGAUGUUCGUGCAAAGCUACUCCUCCCCUUAAGUCUUGUUUUUCAAAAGCACUUUAAUAAAAUACUUCUAGGCACCAAAAGCCAUGUUCCUGAACAGCUGAGUUUACCCAGUUCUGUCAUGGAAUAGAAGGUCAGAUAACAUUUGUUUAGAGACAUCUAUUAAUAGAGAAUGGAUUAAGUUAUUUAAACAAAAGUAACCCCGUCUAGUCAUUAGCCAGAAAUCUUGCAAUACAGCUUUUGAAUGAGGAGUAGAGGUUAAUAACUUUAGGUGACAUUUUUAAGGAGGACUUUAAAAAUUUAUAGUCUGGUGCCAUUUUAGUUAUUGAAAAUGUGAAAAUGUGUCAGGGUUUAGAGGUUUUAGGUGCUUGAAGCUAAUGGGUAAUGUGCAAGUUCAGAAGCUUUCAAUAUGACAUUUAUUUCUGACCAGAACCUAUGUGAUCUUCAAAAAAUACUUCAGCUUCCCAGAGGAUGGUUGUAUAUAAUCUGCAGUAAAGGUCUGAUGUGUCUGUAUGUACAAGGAUUCAACAUUUACCGACUUGACUUCCACUGCUCUCUACACACAAACCUUUUGUACUGUUCAACAGCCUUAUGCCUGGGAGCCAUUGUAAUUACAUACUGUUAGUGUUCUGUGUUUAUUUCUAGAGGGUAUUUGCUUGUACAAUGUAUAUCAUGGGUACUGUAAUGUUUACCUGUAAACCAUAGGUCUAAGUGGGGCACAAUAAUUUCUGUAAUUGCAAACUGUAUAUGAAUUUUGUCUUUAAGAAACAAAUAAAAGUCGUUGUCUUAAACUUGUGUUAAAAUGGAAACUUCUGCAUACAAUUUAGUAUUCCAGGGUAUGAAAAUAACUGUCCUCCAAAGGCUAGCUCUAAACAAAACCACUGGUGGUGCAGGUAUGAUCAGCUGUAUGAAGUUUUUGGAUUGUUCAGAGUAGGUGAAAAUGCAUAAAAAACACAUCACUUGGUAGAAGAGACGAUUGCAUGAACCAUCAGCUUCCCCUGUAAGUGUAAUGACCACAGCUGCUAGCACCUACAGGGAACAGGAAGAGAGCAACAGUUUAUAUGAAAUGACACAAGUACUUGGUCUGUACAUUAGUAAACAUGUUUUCGAGUGUUGGCAAUACCUCAGUUGCAAAAGUUCUGGUGAAGAUGUAAAGGAGAGCGUGUAUUGCAGAGCGCAGAUACGAAUGUAACCGUUUCUGUGUUGAAUGCUCUGAAAACUCAGUGGUUUGCAAAUAAGUGAGAAAAAUAUUAGCACAAAACCCAUGUAAAAAUUUGAAAUGGUUUGACAUUUGCAUUAGUUCUGGGUUUCUGGGCCUUUGUCUUCAGCCUUUCAGCAAAUAGGUUUCUGCUGCCAUAGAGAGAUUUUGACUAAUGAAGGCUCAAAAAUUCCAUUGUAAUUAUAUCCUUAUCUUUAUGUGCUUAAACUCAA